AUUAAGUAAUUUUUAAGGACUCUGUUAACGUACGAGACAGAACAAAUGCCUCAAUAAAAUUGGCCCAUCACAGCCCGACACAGAGAUCUUCCCAACCCUCCACCUACCUCAAAAAAAAAUCUGUUCUUUCUUGAUUUUUCGCAUUCAAGACAAGGUUCGGAGAGAAAGAGCGAACGAUCGAAAUGUGGGAAUCGAUCUGUUUAACGUUGGCGGCCACCGCCGGUAAUAACAUCGGGAAGGUGCUUCAGAAGAAGGGGACUAUCAUUCUUCCUCCUCUCUCUUUCAAACUCAAGAUUAUAAGAGCAUAUGCUUUCAACAAAGCUUGGGUGAUAGGUUUUCUGAUGGAUAUUUGUGGAGCCUUGCUGAUGCUGAGGGCAUUAUCUCAAGCUCCUGUAUCAGUAAUUCAGCCAGUUUCUGGUUGUGGACUCGCCAUUCUCUGUGUCUUUUCCCAUUUUUAUCUAAAGGAAGUUAUGAAUGCCAUUGAUUGGAUGGGGAUUACUUUAGCUGGUAUUGGUACCAUAGGAGUUGGUGCCGGAGGUGAGGAGCAAGAAGCUUCUUCGAUAUCUCUUUUUCAAUUACCAUGGCUGGCAUUCAUAGUUGCCCUCUUGUUUGUACUUCUUAAUGGAUGGCUCCGUAUCUGUAGAAGUCAGCGAAGACAACAGGAGUUGAUGGAAUAUGAAGUUGUUGAAGAAAUUAUAUAUGGCUUGGAAUCUGGGAUUCUAUUCGGGAUGGCUUCUGUGAUAUCGAAGAUGGGAUUUGUCUUUCUGGAACAGGGUUUCCCCAGGAUGCUGUUUCCUGUAUGUAUCUCAAUCAGUAUAUGCUGUAGUGGUACAGGUUUUUAUUAUCAGACUCAGGGUCUAAAGCAUGGAAGAGCCAUUGUGGUGUCCACUUGUGCUGCUGUGGCUUCAAUUGUAACCGGUGUUCUUGCUGGUAUGCUUGCUUUGGGAGAGAGAUUGCCUUCAGCGCCAUCUGCUCGGCUUUCGCUUCUGCUUGGGUGGUUAUUGAUCUUGAUAGGUGUUAUUUUACUCAUGAGCUCAUCACGACUUGUACGGUAUCUCCCAUGGCGGUUGAGGCAUUUUAUACACAGCGGUGUAGAUAAGAAUUUCAACAGCAGACGAUCUGGGUCCACGUUUGGAAAAGAGUCGAACCCAAGUGCCAUUAUACCCACAACCACAUUGCAUAGUUUGAUAAGUUCAGCCAAGGAGAAAGCUUGAAAGGCAGCAUUAGCAAAACGUUGCUAGCAUCAUGCACUCAUAAGCUCCUGGUUAUUUAACAUGCUUAGAUAUGGCAUAUGGACAGUGGAUGAGUCUUUCUGAGGCAGGAAGUUUGCCAGGUACAGACAGCAUAGUUCGUCUUAAAAGUCUUGUUACUGGUUUAAAUCAUACCUUCUAUAGAUGCCUUUUGCAUCAAUUUCAUGGAUUUUUUUUAAAAACCUUUUUACUGGCAACAGUAUGAUGAUGAAGGGGCUCAAAUUCAUCCAGGAAGAUUAAGUUUGGGCAGAACUAGUUUUAUUUUUCAGACACUGAGUGAGUUGUUACUGUACAAACACAAAUGAUAUUGGACUCCAAAAUCACUCUUGCCAUGUUUUAUA